UCUAGAAAUCUUCACCGCAUGUCCCACAAUGCACUACGUGGUUUCCAGGGCAACCGUUCCUGUUGUGUUUAAAGGCAGCUUGAGAAACGGAGUCACCACAAGUUCAAAGUGAACGGCGAAUACUUGGUUGUUGAACAGGUUCAUGAAUAAAACUAUGUGUGGCGCUCCGGUGGAUUUAUCUUUCAGAUGCCUCAAUAGGCUGACAGACGCUUGGAUAGAGACUCCCAGCAGUGGUCUACGACCUUUAAAGAAAAACAUAGAAAGGAAAUACCUCAGCUGCUCCCUGCGCCUCAGUAACAACAGCAUCAGUCACCUGUGCGGCCUCCAUGAGACGUUGAGCCAUUUCCUGGCUGAACCCUUACGCCUCGCCUGGCUCGACCUGUCGUUCAACAAACUUACACAUAUAGAGGAGGUUCUGAGUGAACUGCUUGGACUCCGUGUGUUAUAUCUUCACGGAAACAACAUUCAUACUCUAUCAGAGGUAGACCUGCUGGGUGGGCUUCCCCAUCUCUACUCCAUCACUCUACAUGGAAACCCGAUAGAGAAAAACAAGACCUACAGGGAUCGUGUGAUUUCUGUGUUGCCUCAACUAAAGACGAUGGACUUCAGUGCGGUGACACAGGAGGAGAGAGUCCUGGCUAAGCUUUGGUAUCAGAGCAACAGCCGCUGCAGAGACACCAGGAAGAGUCUCCACUGAAUGGUAGAACGUGUGGAAAUCAGAACCCACACUAAAUGCUGCAGUUCACCAAUGGAAAAGUUCACAAUUAUAGUAAUUCAAAGUGGUAUCAGACUUGUUCUUACUAAAAUGUAAUUUCUUGUUUUAUACUUCUAUGGUAAUGUUAAUAUCUAUAUAAUUUGUAGUACCGUAUAUUAAUCUAAGCAGGGCAGGUUUUAUGGAGAAACCCAUUUCUUGCACAGCAGGAUUUGGUGCAUGCUCGCACUGUUAAAGGCGAUAACUGGUUUAGCAGCCAUAAAAUCGCUGUGCUUUUAAACAGUAGUUUAGGAUCUUGUAGCCAUAAUCAUCAAAAAAAGAAAUCUGUGUAUCAGUUUGCAUAAUGGAUCUAUGCAGUAUCAGAGUAUAAAUUUGAGUAAAACAACAAAUAACAUUUUGAAUGUUCUUCUAAUUAUUGAAAUACCUAUAAAAAAUGUUAAACAUCACUAAAUAAACCACCUCUCAGAAGUGAACAUGUAUCGACUAUUAAGACAUGAGAGUUUAGUUGAAACUUUUUAAUGACUUGAUUAAAUCAAAAAACAAACAAUAAAGAUGUUUAGAAUCGUUUGGUACUAGCCUAAAGAAAAUGCAAACAUACAGUCAUUCAUGUUCUACACAUUUAAGUAACAAACAGAAAAAGAAAAAAAAAAAAGCCAAAACCCAAUGCACAAAACAAAGCUCUAAUCAGUUGUGGUUUAGUCACAGACUUGCAGGCUCCCUUUAGAGACUCCAGAUCAGCUUACUUUGUGUGCUCCUUCAAAACACACAUGUACAUUUAAGAACAGAAAAAAAAUACAUAAAUAAUUUCCCAAGGAACUGAGGUUUAUCUCCCCUGGUGCGUAGAUUAACACACCACUACGGUGCUACAGGUGUUAGUUUCUGAUUAAUAUGAAAACCUCAAACUGGAAACGCUUUGAGUAAAAAGCUAACGACUGCAGACCUGAAAAGUGUUGUGUCUUAUUAAAAAAACAAAAGCAUCAUCCAACAGGACCCUCCAGCCAUCGAUGUCAUCAAUCAGAAGAUUCUGCUAGAAGGUAAUGAUUAUACAUUGCAAGUCUCUGCACCCCCGUAGGCCACCAGCGACACCUUUGAUUUCUCUACCCGUCAUUUAAAAUGUUUAAUUCCUGCCCAGCUCAUCAGAAGGCGAGGAUAUUCAAACAGCAUCUGUAAAUUUGAGCAUCACACUCAAAUGUUUUCAGAUGACACCAGGUGGCCCAACCAGCCUGCAUCCAAGGCUCAUGUUUGUCAAUCAUAACCAUCAUCAGCUGACAGAUAAAGCUGUCUGAUGCUAAAAUGAAAACAGCUUUUUUUUUUCUUGAGAAUGACACCAGAUGACCUGCAUGAUCUGAAAUACAACGAUAUAAUUGAUAUUUGCUCUUUUAAAGCUAAAAUUUACUUUUUUUUUUUUUACUGCUCAGACAAAAACCAACUGAGGAGUAAUUCGGCUUUUAAGUUAUUUGUACAGAUAUGAUGACAUGUUACGGGAUCUUUGCAGGUGCACUACAACUGUAGGUCUGUUCUGUAAAACUGUCUAUCGCAGGUAAACCUGAGCCAAUCAUCAUGAAGCCGUCUCAGUGUGUGUGCUUGAUGGAACAUAGAGUCUAAUAAAGAAAUAAAGACACCGAGAAGAGCCCGGAAACCUAAAAAAGGUUUUAGAUUGACAUUUCUUUUACAAAACCUGAAAAAAAGGCUGUUAUACAUGUUUUAUACACAGAGGAUGCCUCUCUGAGCGGAUCACCAUAAACGUAGGGCAAAAGCCUCCUCCACUCAUCUGCUGGAUAAAUUCAUUAAGAGUUUUUUUUCUUUUUCCGGGGGGUUAGCAUUCACUUCCUGUGUUCAAAGAAGUUCGUGGCAGAGCUAAAAGCACGAUAACCAAAACGUUUUAUUG